CUGUAAAUGAACUCGCGGCUCGACGGCAUACUUAAAAAGGUAUUGCUGCUUGUGGAAUGGACAGUCAUGGCCUUUCUCAACAUGUGUCUACCUCGGAACGCUGGCGAGACUUGCCAGAGACAACAGGAGCAGCGUGGUGACACCAGAGUUCUUCCAGGACGCAUUCUUGACAUAUACUCGAACGCAUUACGAUCAUGGGUAACCCGCGAUUUUCGAAUCUCACUAUCCCACCAGAGACGCCUGGAGUGGAUACACUAAGAACCACAGCGAACAUUAUCUUCACUCUACCUACAUCGACAAUGUCUUCACUAAUCUGCUCGGCAUAGUGCCGUCACUAGUCGACACCUUUGAGAUGCAACCUCUCAUCCCUCCAAACUGGACCAGCUUCGCGGUGGAGAAUUUGCCCUAUCAUGGUAACCUACUCUCAAUCCUGUGGGAUGUCAAUGGAUCUGCCUACACCGGCUUCAACCACUCACCUGGUCUUUCAAUCUACGCAAACGGCGCCUUGCUGUAUAGUCAGCCAUCCCUUUCACCUUUCUCAACAUCCCUGUCCAUCUCUACCAAUUCAUCUGUCGCCCAGCUGGCAUCUGCACCUAGAUACGCCAACAUCCUUUCCAACCCCAACAGCCUGGUUUCACCCACAUCACUACCCUACGCCGACUCUACCGACACGUUCUACGUGCUUGGUAACAAUCUCGGCCCGGCGGAUUCAGCAUACAAAGCCAACGAUGGCCUGGUAUUCUAUGACAAUCCACCCGACAAUUUCUACUCAAACAAUCAAACCUACAACCCGGCUAGUUGGCUCAACUUCACCCUCUCUCGGGCGCGGAACUUCUCCUCAGUUACCAUUGCAGUCUACGAUGAUAGCCUACGGAACGGCGCCCUAGCUUGCCCUGCCGGGCUGUACGUAUACGUAUCAAACACCACUACGGGACAGGGGCUGAUUGCGAGCACAAAUUCACCUACCCAAGACAGUCUGAUUGCACAACGCACACCUUGGACAACAUGUCUGCCUUAUUCACGCAAUACCAUAGCAUUCAAUUCGACUGUCAUUGCGGACACCUUGUCAUUGUACCUCGUGAAUGCAAUCCAUUAUGCUGUCGGUAUCGUCGAGGUCGAAAUCUGGGUCCCUGCGACCCUCGGUCCGCGGUACGAAGCAGAGGAUGGAAUCAUUGGUUUUAGCAGCGGUGGCGGAAGUAUCGGCACCAAUGGUACAGUGGUUGACGGCGAGGUCCGGUUGACUGGACAGGGCGGCGAUGGAGGUAUCUUGGAAAUCGCGGACGUGAGGACGCAGACUCUAGGCGGAAGUUCGGGAAUCGCAAAUCUCUCCAUCAUUGGUUAUGGAGGACCGAUCAUCCUUGGACUGAACUACCUGCACAAUCAAACAGUGACAAUGCCAGCAACUCAAGGUGGGAAUGCUACGAUACAGAUGGAUUUCCUGGCCGGCGGGAACGUGGUCACGAUGUAUCAGAGUACGGAUCAAGCGGUGUGGAUCGACGCGCUCGUCGUUUCUUGACAACGUACGCAGCAAACUUGCACAGACUCCAGUUCUAUACGUGAACUUCGGUCAUCAUCUUAGUCUCGAGAAUAGGUAAUUGUGGGAGAGAAGAGACAAAACUUUGUAACCGUAGACUCCGUGUUCACGCAGUUCAACCUCUCCUCAAAUCGUCGCCGGAAUAGCUUUGAUGUUUUCCCUUUCUUCAGUCAGGUCACCUCAACAUGGUCUUUUGGUAGUGAUUACAUGAUUUGUUUUGUCCUUGGAAAGCUAUCAAGCGACGGGAAGCAAGAGCGUGGAGGAACAACCACAUCUUUCUUACCUAGAUGUCGAUGAUGUAGGUGCUUUGCUUGGUACCUAGGCUACAGGCCAUACCU